AUGGGUGGCUUAAAUCUGGAAGUGUUCAAGUUUGGCAUGUAUGUCAUGUUCCCCAUUGGCAUCAUGUACUACUUUGGCACAAACCUCGACGACCGCUUCGCCGUGCCCGACUUCUGGCCCAAGCCGGAGAACGCCAACCGCGUCCCGACCGAGCGCGACGAGAUCCACGCCGAGCUGCAGCGGUUGCGGGCACGCCGGCUGUACCAGCGGGACCGGCGACUGGCUGAAGAGGCGGCACGGCCACCGCCGCCGGCCAACGGCGAGGAGGGACACUGA